CUCAGUCAAUUCACUCGACCCAUCCCUCUUCUUCUUCUUCAUCCUCCUCCUCCUCGUCUUUCAUCUCGUCGUCAACAUCACUGACGUCCUCCUCGACGCUCAUAUCACUUCCCCUCAUCCUCCUCCUCCUCCUCCUUGCCCUCCUCUUCCUCUGCUAUCCCAGCGCUACCCAUUCUCACCCUUUCUCCUCAUCUCUCAUCUUCCCAUUCACCUUCCGCCAUCCCUCCCCCUCCCCGCUACCUCAAACACACUCGUUGACCCUCCUCCUACCCAAGCCGCCAUGACCCGCCCAACGGCAAAGGCGGCUAUCGCGACUUUGCUCGCCUUGGCCGCCCCCGCCCUCGCCCAGCUCGACCAAACUAGUGGCUGUCUCUACCUCACUGGAAGCUCGCUAUGCCCAGGCUUCGAGGGGUCGUACGUGGCUGUCGAGAACCAAACCGCCGCCUACCCAUUCUUCUCUCGGGUUUACGACAUGCAGGACUUUGAUCGUCUUGGCCUCCAGUACAUCAACAGCGUUGGAAGUACCAAGCUCGACGACAUCAUGGGUUGCAACAAUGCCGACUCAACCGUGAUUCGUUACGAACGCACUGUUCUUUGUGGAGUUUGGACCAGUUCUCCAGGCUCCUUGGCUUGCAUUCAAUACUACCAGGGACCGACGGCCGUUCUUCCUAAGCAAGUUUGCGCCACCACAUGCGACCAGAACCGCCAGUCGAUGCAGGAUAUUGCAUCCAACUCGACUCUUUGCGGCAGGGACCGCACGGGGGGUGCGCGCGACAACGAGAUUGCAAACGACUACGCUGCGUGCACCGCUGGAGCUUCCACCAACACCGCGACCUGUGUCUCCGGCGACAUGAACGAGCACAACUGCGGCUUCGCCAGUUCAUCUUCGCAGGUGUGCACGUUCUGCUCUACUACUCCCGAAAAGUGCUGCACUGAGCCCAGCUUUGACAUCAGCGGCUUAUGUGGUCUCGACGCAACCGCGUUGUCUUCCUCGGCUGCCGCCAACACUGCCACGGCCUCUGCCGAUGCAUCGCGACCGAGUACCGCGAGCAAGGGUCUUUCCGGCGGUGCUAUCGCCGGAAUUGUCGUUGGUGUCGUGGGCGGUAUUGCCUUGAUCGCCUUCCUGGCAUUCUGCUUUUGGCGCCGCAAGCGCAAUAACACCAAAGCAAAUGGUCGACUUCUCGCAUCGCCUGAGGAGAAGAACCAUGGCACUGGCUGGGGCAAGUCCACCCCCGACACUCCCGCCCAAAACUCGCCCGAGAUUCGGGGCGGUACCAUCAGCGAGGGUCCUAUUGAGCGUUCUCACACCAACACGACUCUUCCUGCGGGUGCAGCCGCCGCAACAGGGGCGGGUGCUCUUGCGGCCACCAAUGUUGGGCAUGCUGCGCACACUGGCGUGCCGGCAGCGACCAACUUCUCCUCCGCUCCUCCUCCAUCUGGCGCUCCCGCUACCGGCAACGUCGCUUCUCACCCAUCUGUAGCCGGUUACUCCUUGGGUGUUGGCGCUCGUGACAAUGAACCCCACGCUAUUGGCACUCCUGGUGUCGGCUCCGUUGGCCAUGUUUCCGGCACUCAUGCCACUGGUUCGUCGCACGGCCACGGCGGUGCUCUCGCUGGUGCCGCUGCGGCCGGCGCUGCCGCUGCGGGUGUUGGGGCUCUCGCUGCCAAUAAGCAGCGUCGCGAUGCCCCGUCGCCCCCUACCAAGCGCAAUUUCUCGCCUCCUGCGCCUACCAACGCGCCCCAUCAAUCGCUGCCUCAGGCGCAACCUUCGAUCACUCCCACGGCCGAUGCUUUCCCCCACGUCCCGUCCUCGCCCCCUAGACCUCUGCCCGCGCCCCCGACAAACACUUCUCCUAGGUCGCCUCAGUCGGCGUACACGCACACUCCGACGUCUCCUCCUCAGACUUCGCCACCUCGCGGCCCCUCGAGUAUCUCCGCACCCAAGGCGGCACUCGCUGCCGCCCCUUUGAUCGGCGCUGCAUCCCAGCCGGCACCAGCAGUUCCUGCCUCUUCGAGCGCUGCCAAUAUGGCCGGAGUUGGAGCCGGUGCAUCUGCUGCCGCUGCCGCAUCUGCCGCGGCAGGCGCGGACACGACUCGCCUGCCUCGCCUCGAGCUUCCCAAGGGCAGUGGCGUGUGGAUCGAGGAGGGCUCGCGCGUUGUUGCGCAGCAUCCCUACAAUGCUGCGCUCGUCGACGAGCUCAGCCUCGUACCCGGCAUGCUCUUGAUCGUCCACGAGAUCUACGAUGAUGGGUGGGCGCGUGGUGUCGUCGACGCAGGCGGAGACCCCAACCAGGUGGGACGGAUCGGCCAGUUCCCUACAGUCUGUGUUGCCAAGGCAUAGACAUAUCGGACGACCCGCCUGUAUCGAACGUUGUAGUCACGUACCACCUGCUCGCCUAAUCUAUGGACCUUGAUGCGCCGCG